AUGUUGGCGCCAAAACUGCAACUCCGUUCUCCAUCAUCACUGCUUAGAAGCCUCUCCACCCUGGCACUCCUCGCCGACAAAUGUACCACCCUCGACCAGCUGAAGCAGCUCCACGCCUACAUGAUCGUUUCCGCCGUCGCCACCGCCGAUCCCUUCGCUGUCAGCCGCUUGCUCUCCUCCUGCGCCCUCUCCCCCUUCGCCGACCUGUCCCAUGCUUCCAGAAUCUUCCGUUCCACCCCCAACCCCAAUUCCUUCAUGUGGAACACCCUCAUCCGCGCCCAGCCCCACGCUCCUCACGCCCUCUCCCUCUACCUUGCCAUGCGUCGCAACGGCGUCCUCCCCGGCAAACACACCUUCCCCUUUCUCCUCAAAGCAUGCUCCCAGUUGCGCAACCUCCCAGCCUGCAAACAGCUCCACGUCCACGUCAUCAAGUUCGGUUUGGCUUUGAAUUUGCACGUGGCAAAUGCUUUGGUCCGGUGUUACUCUGUUUCGGGCAAUUGCAUCGAUGCACGCCAAAUUUUUGAUGAAAUGCCCGAGAAAAGUUCGAGUCUUUGGACCACUAUGAUUUGUGGGUAUGCUCAGAAUUUCUGCUCCAAUGAGGCUUUGAACCUUUUUGAUGAGAUGGUUGGCGCGGGCUUUGAGCCCGGUGGUGCCACCCUGGCUUCGGUGUUGUCUGCGUGUGCUCGGUCGGGUUGUCUUGAGCUUGGGGAAAGGAUUCAUGACUUUGUGGAGGUGAGAGGGAUUGGAGUUGGAGAGGGGGUGAUUCUUGGGACGUCAUUGGUUUACAUGUAUGCCAAGAAUGGGGAGAUUGCGAAGGCACGGAGGUUGUUUGAUGAAAUGUCAGAAAGGAAUGUUGUUACAUGGAAUGCUAUGAUCUGUGGGUUGGGUGCUCAUGGACAUGUGGAAGAUGCUCUUGGUUUAUUUGAGAAGAUGGAGAGGGAGCAGGCUGUUGUUCCCAAUGGUGUCACCUUUGUUGGAGUUUUGUCUGCUUGUUGUCAUGCUGGCUUGAUUGAUGUUGGUCGUGAGAUUUUUCGAUCGAUGAAGUUGGUGUAUGGAAUUGAGCCAAAGAUUGAACAUUAUGGAUGCUUGGUUGAUCUUCUUGGGAGAGGGGGGAGGUUACUGGAAGCGGAGGAGCUGGUGAAAGGAAUGCCGUGGAAGGCUGAUGUGGUUAUUUUGGGAGCUCUUUUGGCAGCUAGCAGAAAUAGUGGGAAUACUGAGGUUGCCGAAAGAGUGAUGAAGGAAAUUCUUGCUCUGGAACCGCAAAAUCAUGGUGUUCAUGUUGCUUUGUCGAAUAUGUAUGCAGAGGCUGGGCAAUGGCAAGAAGUUUUGAGACUGAGGAAGACGAUGAAAGAAGAGAAACUCAAUAAAGCGCCAGGAUGGAGUCUUGUCACCACUUAG